AUGAUCAUUGGGCGAUUGCAGCUCACGGUAUGUUGGCACCUGCUGCUGGGUCGAUCGAGCAAGGCGAUGAUUACUGUCACAGGUGGAGCCGGAGCCAUCAACGACGUGGCUUCUAUUCCUGCCAGGCUCCAGGAGUUCUCUGCUGCUUUCGAGAAGGGGAUCUCAAUGCUCAAGGAAGGAGCUACGGCGAUCGAGGUGGUGCAGGAGGUGGUUGUUAUGCUAGAGGACUCCGCGUACUUCAAUGCUGGGCGCGGAUCUGUAUUCACGAACGCAGGAACGCAUGAGAUGGACGCGUCGGUGAUGGACGGCACGACGGGGAACGCUGGUGCCGUCUGCAAUGUUAGCAACGUUAGGAACCCUGUCCGGCUCGCCCGAGCGGUCGCAACGAGCACUCAGCAUGUCCUCCUUUGCGGGUCAGGAGCAGAGAGUCUCGCACCAAACCACGGGAUCCGGAUCGAGGACAACCAUUACUUCUUCACCAACGAGAGAUACGAGCAGCUGAAGCUGGCGAGGAUUCAGAAGCGGGUUGUGCUCGACCACGGUACGGAGAUGGAGCAGCACUCUGGCAGUGUGGGCAUUGCCGCCCCUUCAAUCUUCUCGCAUCUCGGCAUCGAUUCGGAGGGGAAGAAGCAGCACAAGUUUGGGACUGUUGGAUGCGUUGCAAGGGACAAGUACGGAAAUCUUGCAGCUGCAGGGAGUACGGGAGGGCUGACGAACAAGCAGCCGGGAAGAAUAGGAGACACGCCGAUCAUCGGAGCAGGGAUCUAUGCCAACUCCACUACAUGUGCGGGAGAGACUUUUAUCAAGAACUGUGUCGCGCAUGACGUAUACGCUAGGAUGAACUACCAGGGCCUCCCGCUCGCUGCUGCCAUCGACGAAGUGAUUCUGAAUGUGCUGCCCCCGGAGACUGGAGGGAUGAUUGGAGUAGACUCCAACGGCAAGGUGCAUGCGAGCUACAACACCGCAGGGAUGUUCACAGGUGAGGUGUCCUCAUUAGCACUGGUGGAGGGGAAGGGAGGAGAGAGUGAAGCUAUGGGAAGAGAGGCAGGCGAGGUAAGGUGA